AUGCUGCUCCAGCAAGUGUCGGCGUCGCCUGGUCCCAGCGGCACUUCCAGCCCCAAGCUCCCACCAAGCCCACGCCCGAAUCCCAGCCCCAACUUUGGCUCACGAUUCGCCAGUCCAAGUUUGAGUGAUGGAGCUUCAAGUUCCAGUAGCCAACGACUUGGCUGUAAUAGUCCAAAACUUGGAACGAACAGCCCAAGGUUGGGUGCCAGCCCUAAAUAUGGAAGCCCCAGGCUGGGGAGCGAUAGUCCGAGAUAUGAAGGGAAAGGGGCUUUGGAAGAUGAGGUGGCUUUGGAGAGACUGCAGACGGAAUUAAAAGCAGGAUGGACUGUUCACACAGGGAGAGAUGGCCGGUUGUAUUAUUGCAAUCACGUCACGAGGACAGCGAGCUGGUUACCACCGGCGGAGAGCUGGCCCGUCAAAGAUGAAGACAGUCCGGAUGAAGAGGAUCUGCCUUACGGCUGGGAACAGGCGCUCGAUAGCAGAGGGAAACCUUACUACAUCAAUCACCUCAAUAAAACAACCACAUACGUGGCACCAGAAGGUUGUUCCUGCGAGUCACCACCAGCUCCUCGGGAUGUGGUUCUUGAGAGAGAUCCAGAACUCGGCUUCGGUUUCGUCGCUGGUUCAGAAAAACCAGUUUUGGUUCGUUUUGUCACCGACAACUCACCCAGCGUCGGAAAGUUGGAACCUGGUGAUCAGAUCCUUUGUGUGAAUGGCGAGGAUGUAAGUGCAGCGGCUCGUGAACAUGUCAUCUCAGCAGUUCGAGCUUGUACGGAUCGUGUAACCCUGAGAGUAUGCCAGCCAGCUCGUAGUGGAGAUCCAGCCAGGAAGUCUGCCUUCCUCUCAGCUGCUAAACGAGCCAGAUUACGUGCAAGGCCGCCCAGGGUCAGGUUUGCAGAUUCGGUACAACUGAAUGGAGCACCUAUGUAUCCACCAUCAGCAUUCUCUUUGGGCGACCUCUGCCUUCCUCCUAUGGCUAAUGUUCUAAAGGUGUUUUUGGAGAACGGUCAAACGAAAUCGUUUAAGUACGAUACUACAACCACCGUGGCUGAUGUGGUGACCAGCUUGAAGGACAAGCUGUGUAUAACAGCUGAAGAGCAUUUUAGCUUAGUCGUGGAACAUGUGAAGAGCUUGAAGAGGAAUAAGCUGACAUUAUUGGAUCCGAAAGAAUCUUUGGCCAGGAUUGCAGCUCGUCCCGGUUCCCACAAGAUGCGUUGCUUGUACCGCGUGGUGUUCAUGCCGUCAUCAGCUGCUGAACUAGCGCAGCGGGACGUCGCUGCACUGGAUUACCUCUACACCCAGUGCUGUAACGAUGUAGCCCAGGAUCGGUUCGCUCCGGAACUACAACCCGAUGUUGCGUUACGCCUCGCUGCACUACACAUACACCAACACGCGCUCGCUCACAACAUGUCCCCAGCUAAGCUGACCGUCAAAGUUGUUGAACGUGAGUUCGGUCUGGAGCGUUUCGUUUCCAGCAGUCUCUUGGAGAGCAUGAAGCGCAAAGAACUUCGUCGGCUGGUGGCGCACUUCCUCAAACUGAACGCUCAGAUGACAGGAGGGCAACGACAUCUUACACAGCUACAGGCUAAGCUACAUUACCUGGACACAGUCAGCGCCCUGCCCAGUUACGGCGCGAAGUGUUUCAGCAGCGCGCGGCCUGAGAGGGUGUUGCUAGUGUCACCGAGGUUUGGACUCUCACAGAUUGUAGGGAGAAGCAACUCUGUGCCUCAAGCCAUAGCGUCUAUAGAGGAGGUGGAGUGUGUUCGUGUUCGAGGGUCGUGUGUGUCGGGAGGUGGAGCGGAUGUAGGGGUGUUCUUGACCCGGGACCGCGUGCUCGCUCUACUAAUGGAUGACCGGGACGCAGCGGAAAUGCCACUCGUCAUUGCCGGUUACUACCGCCUCGCUACGGGUCGAGAACUGAAUGUAGAAUUGGAGAGAGAACCAAUAACCGAGGAUAUAGCCCCGCCGUAUCUAUCACAACACAACGUGGUCCCGACCAAAUGGAGUUAUUUACACUACAACGAUCCUAUAAUGUUAACGAAGAAACAUUACGCGAUCUUCAGUAUGCCGCCUCCUUAUCAUUCAACACCAGAUCAAGCAAAGACUAGCUUAGACACUAAUAUGAACACGAGCAUCGCUAAUAGAAAUCACAGCAAUAACUCCAGUCCUUUAGUCGGCUACGAUUCCAAACCCGGUCUACUGGGAUACGAUAUACACUUCGAAAAGUGUAAAAGAAAUGAAGAUUUCCGUCUUUUCGAUCCCAACGACGCUUGCUAUCUCGACGACGGCAUGGGAUUUGAUCUACAAAGUGUUUUAUCGAUGGAAUUAUUAGAGAACGCCAACAACCCACGACUAGUUGAGGCCAAGAAUGAGGAAGUGUUGCGAAGGGUGGCGGAAAUGCAGAAACUAGUUGAGAAUUCUGAACAGUAUUUGACUGAAAACUGUGAUGUUUUUAAUAGUAGCGGUUAUAACGGUGUUCUUAGAGACGAAUUAGUGGGUAAAGAGACUUGCGUAGAUAAUACUGAGAGUGAUACAGAAUCGAACAAUAGUAAGAUGUCCGCUGCGGACGACGCGCCCGGAGUUCUAAAGCAUAGUGACUCCUUGCUCCUGUUGACUGAAACUAUUAACCAAGGACUGAAUAGCGGUAACGUAGACACGCAAAAACAAUACACUUCUACAGAUCUAACUCAAAGACAAUCACAAGGACUCAGUGCAAUACUCAAUAAUUGUGGUUUCACAGACGCUUUAUUAGCUCUUAAUAAUGACGUUGGCUUCUCUGAGAGUGAUAACGACUCAACGUACACUCCUACAAGUAGUCCGAUACGGAAACAUCUAAAUAAAUCGACGAAUAAGGCAGUUAGGACUAGUUUUGGUCUGCAUAGUCCAGACGCAACAUUAGACACUAAAGAAUCUAAUUUAAAACAAUAUUUGAAACAGCUCAGAGAAAAGAGUGACAGGGAGGAGAGUGCAGCUGAAUUUCCGUAUUUUUACCAAGAGAGCUUAAUAGAAAACGAUGCCGAGCUUAUAGACUUAACAUUAAUACCCCCACCACAGACGCCUGAUGAAUUAGACUGCGCAACGCAAGUGCCUCAAAUAUUACCUAUCGUACCACCUUCUUUUGCUGAUGACAAGGAGACAGAACAAGACAAUACACCUAAAAGUAAAGAGCUAGAGGAAUUCAUCGCUAAUGUAACGGUUCAACCCCCGACAGUUAAAAUAACUCCAGCAAUAGAACUCACGCCGGAAGAAAUUAUGUCCUAUAUUAUACCACCGCCGCCAGGUUCAAACGCGUCUACUUUAGAUAGAGAUCCAAUUAAUAAUGUAAGCCAAGCAAAAAACACUAACAGCAACGAAGAACAUAAUAAUACAAAUGACAAAAUGUCCAACGGUGAGGUAGUUAAAGGGGUUUUAAGUGUGAGUGAAAUCAGAAAUAUGUUUGCCUCAAAACAAUUAAGUGACGCUAGAAACAGUUUAUUAUUAAAAGAAAAAAAUAAAGCCGACUCCCCGAAGAGCAAGCGAAAGAGUUUAACCGGAGAUAAACAAUCCAAUGGAAACGCACACGUUAUAGAAUACCCCACUGUGGAAAGAAAAGGUAUGUUCUCAUGUUGCAGCAAAGACAAAAAUAAGAACGACGAUCUUUGUGAGGAAACAGAGAAAAUCGAAGGUCAUAUAACAAACUCAGACUCGAUGCCCGAUGUCUGUGAAAUCCGACCUCCUCCGAGACGAAAAGGCAGUGAAAUUCGGAAACCUCCAGAACGACCUCCGAAAAUGCCUCCCACGCCCUCUCCGAGACCUAGGUCGAAUUCAUUCACGUGCCCCAACAAUGAACUUAGCGCUGUCGAAUUCACGAGCUCCCAUUUCAAUACAUUAAAUAAUAAAAAGUUAAAUUAUAGAGUGGUCUGUGAAAUGAAUGAAGGUAUACAUACGCCUCCCCAAAUCCCACCGCGGAUAGAAAAUAGAACACUUUCACCUCCCCCACCACUAUUACUGCCACCUAAAAAACCUCCGCUACCCCCCGUUCCAAGUAUAGAAGUUUUAAGAAUCAAAAAUUCCCAGAAACUAUCACCCGUUCGGGCGACCGAGCGGCUGGCUAGUAUCGGGUCGCCACAUUUUCACAGAAAUCUCAAUACAUACCGGAAUCUCGAAAACGAAAACAAGCUAACCGAUGACGAAUCCCACAAUCCGAGAUCUCAGAAUAACAAUUCAAUGACGCUACAAAAUCGCCACGUACGUUCAAAUUCUGAGACUAAGAGUACGAUAUUGAAAAAUAAGAAUAUGUCAACGGCGCUCUCUCUGUGUUCACCUCAAAUGAAUCGUCGGUUUAGUAACAGACCUGACUUAUUAAACGAGGCUCCCGUUAGCGAUCAGAGGCUAUUCAGUCCUCCUCUCGUUGAACGAAAGACUCUAAGACGGGACAGCGCGAGUCCCACAGGCAAGGUUCAAAAUCACGUGAGGUUCAAAGAAGACGUCGUAGAUGACAUCCCCACUCCACCUUCUCCGCCCACGGUCAAAUUCCCGGAGUUUCAAUCUGGUAACAACGGACAUGUAUCCAUAGAGAACUUGUUGUGCAAAACCGAAGUGGCUGUAGACGGGUUACUGCAGAGAUUACACCAGGUGGCGCAGAAGUGUUCACAUCAACACGCACACGGGGGAGGAGAAGACAUCGAUGAAAUUAAAUUCCAGCGUGCUCGAUCAGAACUAACAGCGUGUGCGGUUUCUCUUGUGGGUGCGUCACGUACUUUAGUCGGAGCGUUAGGAACCUCUCAGGAAGGUCCUCCAGGCCUAUCGGCUCCCGCCGCCCUCCCUGACUGCCUCACACCAUUACGACGCCUAACAGAUUUGGCACAGGCUCUAGGGAAGCACACUUCAUCGCCGCUUCAAACCAGAAACUUGAUCCUCCGAGUUCAUGACGUCACCGCCGCCUUCAAAGACUUAGCGGGUGCGGAGAUGGCGCAAAUAAUACACGAACAUAACUCGAAAGAUGUGACCCAAGGGCAGGGUCAAGACUCUUCUACUCUCGAGGGUCAACUGGCGCUAAGAGCAGAAUGCCUGGCGAAUGUUCUAGCAACUCUAUUGCGGAGUCUUAGGGUAUUUUCACCUUAA